AUGGACGCCAAAGACGUCUGUGUUGAAAUUGAAAAUGACGCGUUCUAUAGUAAGUUUCUAGAUGAAAAUAUAAAACCAUUAACCGGUGAAACUAUAUCAGUCACUGACCAAGUUACAAAACUCGCUUUAGGUAUUGAAAAACUGGGUAAAACCCUAGAAAAGCAAGUGUUGGCUAAACAUAAUGAUCUUCUCACUCAAGCUAGCCACAUAACUGAUUUAGAAACAACAUUAGCAUCUGUACAAAAUCAAGUGCAGAAUCUACUAAAAGGUGCCGAAAAACUUCAAGAUCGCAUACAUAUUCCCUAUUUUGCUCUCGAAAAUCAAACUAUAAUGCUUGAGAGAGUUCAAACUACCUGCAAUCUACUUAGACACAGCACUAAAAUAAUAGCUUUAUGGAAUAAACUUAUAAAUGUUGGAGACCAUCCUGCUAAAGAAGCCAUUAUCCUUUUUGAACUUGACGAGUUAAUAGGUGAUUAUGACUUUGCAGGCAUUGUUUUGUUAGAAGAGGUUUUGAAAGAAGUGGAAUCUAGACGAAAAGAAUUGCUCACAAAUUCUAUAGCCGCAUUACAGUCUAGUCUUUUAAAUGGUGACAAGACUAAAUUACUUCAGUGCUUUAAAGUUUUUCAUAACUUACAAUGUACUGAAGAACAAAUCAGAAAUACUGUCCAGAAUAUUCUUAAUGAAUUGCAGAGAGACAUUGCCACGAGCUUAAAUGUACAAAUGGUUUCAAUAGAAGUAAAAAAAUCAAGCUCUGGACGUGUAGCACCAGGAAAAGCGAAUAUCAUGAAUGCACAAGAUUUCAAAAUGAAACUAUGGGACAACAUAGAGAAAUUAUUCAAAAUAGAAAUCUAUAAUGGAUGUGCAAAAGUGAUAAUGUUACAGAACGCCAUAAAUGAGUUGCAUGCUAUAGGGAACUUCAGAAACAUAACAAAAAAUUUUUGGAGUAACUUACUACAAAUUUUUAGUACUGAACUUGAAAAGAGUCCACAAAAUGUAAAUCAAUCUAUGGAGAUUGAUUAUCCCAAAUUACUCAAAUGUUUCAAUGAUUUGCUUUCAAAACUUAAAUAUAAAGAUUUGGAAAUGAACAGAUCGAGUAUGAUGAAAUGGGAAAAUUCAUUCUUAUCAAAAUCGUUAGGGAAACUGCUGGAGCCUGUUAGAACUAUGUGGCAUCUGAGCCAAGUACCCAGCAUGGACCAAAUUGACAAUGCAAUAAGAGUGAUAGCUGAAGCACUCAGCAUAUCACUUGGUGAUAAACAGCUAAGUAUUAGCUUAGCAAACAGCGUAGCAAAAUCCAUCAAACAGAUGAAUAUGGAAGCCGAGCAAAGGUUGUCUAUGGAUAGUGACGUUGCUCAAAUAAUAGAAUCACCAACAAGCUCUCAACAGAAGAAUGCAGAUCUCUGCAAUUCUUUGUAUUAUUUUUCAUCACAAAUCAAAAGAGUUCUUGUCAACAUGAAUACCAUGCUUCCUGCAGAAAGCAUUCAAAUAGUACAGAAUAGCCUCAAAGACAUAACAAGCAUGCCUGUUCUGCAAUUAUUUGCUGAAUCAAUAAAAAACUCUCUGUACAUCAUUCUUAUGACAAUGCACGAUGAACCAGAUUUAGUAAGAGCAGACGAUCCUAUGGGUAAAACCUUAUCCUGUUCACCUUAUAUGAAAGAACUUCAACAAUUUGUGUCGAGAUGUAAAGACAUUUACCUAUCAAUGUUUCAAGAGAAAUCAGCUCUUAAUGAAUGUUGCCUGAACAUUGCCAUAGCAUGCAUAGAGAGGUUUAUACAACAUGUUUGUAACACAAGGCCUCUGAGCAAAUUUGGUAGAAUAAAACUUCAAAUUGAUUGCAAACAUUUAGAAGUAGCAUUAUCUCCUUUGGUGAAUGAUGUGUCUGAACUUGGAGAUCAUUAUAGGCAACUGAAAGCUUUACAUUUGAUAUUAGAGAAGACACCCCAAGAAAUUGCCAAGAGCCAGUCUGAAGGAGCAUGUUUACCAUACUCUUUAGUGAUGAUGUUUUUGUUUUCCCAUGCUGGACCUCAACUGUUAGCCCCUCACACUUGUGCCGGUUGGAACAUACAGAAGCUCAUGCAGUGGCUUGACACACAUAAGAAUGAAAAAGAAAGGCUUGAAUUUGUUGCAGGUGCAUUACAACGGUAUCAGAAUCAUGUGAGGCAAAACCAAAUUGCUACAUAUGAUGAAGUUUAUCCUGUUCUGAUACAGCUACUUGAAGAAGGUAGAAAACAUUUAAAGAAAUAA